GCUUGACUGCUGAAAUUAUCCAAGUGUCAGCGCAGGAGACGAGCACAGCACCAGGUCGCCUCGUCCCUGCCGGGUCCAGGAUCAGCCGCGGUCCGCGAACCGGAGCAGAGACAGCACCGGAACAUCAUCCCGCGCUUUGCUUUUAUUCAAGCAUUGCUUGAUUUGUUUUUUGGGCUGCUCCAGAACCUGAAACAGAACCAGCGGCGUUUCGGAGGCGAAGUGGAGAGUGUUUAGAGCGCUUUCAGUUCACCUGAUCAUGGCUUCAACCACCUGCACCAGGUUCACUGAUGAGUACCAGCUGUACGAGGAGCUGGGCAAGGGAGCCUUCUCUGUGGUGAAGAGGUGCAUGAAGAUUUCCACAGGACACGAAUACGCUGCCAAAAUCAUCAACACCAAGAAGCUGUCAGCCAGGGAUCACCAGAAACUGGAGCGCGAGGCCAGGAUCUGUCGCCUGCUCAAACACGCCAACAUUGUACGGCUCCACGACAGCAUAUCAGAGGAAGGAUUCCACUAUCUGGUCUUUGACCUAGUUACUGGUGGAGAGCUGUUUGAGGACAUUGUUGCCAGGGAGUUUUACAGCGAAUCUGAUGCCAGUCAUUGCAUCCAGCAGAUCCUAGAGGCUGUUCUCCACUGCCAUCAGAUGGGUGUGGUUCACCGUGACCUGAAGCCAGAGAAUCUGCUCCUAGCCAGCAAGUUGAAGGGAGCUGCGGUAAAGCUGGCUGAUUUUGGCCUGGCUAUUGAAGUGCAGGGAGACCACCAGGCAUGGUUUGGUUUUGCUGGUACACCGGGGUACUUGUCUCCAGAGGUGCUGAGGAAAGAUCCAUAUGGAAAGCCUGUGGAUAUGUGGGCCUGUGGGGUGAUCCUCUACAUUCUGCUCGUGGGAUACCCUCCGUUCUGGGAUGAGGACCAGCACAGACUCUACCAGCAGAUUAAAGCUGGGGCUUAUGAUUUCCCUUCUCCAGAGUGGGACACAGUGACUCCUGAGGCCAAAGACCUGAUCAAUAAGAUGCUGACCAUCAACCCUGCCAAGAGAAUCACUGCUGCAGAUGCUCUGAAACACCCGUGGGUCUGUCAACGCUCCACCGUGGCCGCCAUGGUGCACAGACAGGAGACAGUGGAGUGCCUGAAGAAAUUCAACGCCAGGAGGAAACUGAAGGGUGCUAUCCUGACGACUAUGCUCGCCACUCGUAACUUCUCAGUAGCCAAGAGCCUGCUGAACAAAAAAACAGAUGGUGUCAAAAUCAACAACAAGGCUAAUGUGGUCAGCAGCACCAAAGAGCCUGUCCCCACUCCUGCUCUGGAGCCUCAAACCACUGUUAUCCACAACCCAGCUGAUGGAAACAAGGAGUCCAGUGAGAGUGCCAACACUACCAUUGAGGAUGAGGAUGUGAGAGCUUACCACCUUAGCAUGAAAGCCCGUAAGCAGGAGAUCAUUAAAGUGACGGAGCAGCUGAUUGAGGCCAUCAACAACGGAGACUUUGAGGCCUACACGAAGAUUUGUGAUCCUGGCCUCACAUCAUUCGAGCCCGAGGCUUUGGGGAACCUGGUCGAAGGCACCGAGUUCCACCGCUUCUACUUUGAAAACGCUCUGGCUAAGGGCAAACUGCCCAUCCACACCAUCCUGCUCAACCCACACGUCCACCUGAUCGGGGACGAGGCGGCCUGCAUCGCCUACAUCCGCCUCACGCAGUACAUCGACGGCAACGGAAUGCCGCGCACCAUGCAGUCAGAGGAGACCCGCAUCUGGCACCGUCGCGAUGGCAAGUGGCAGAACAUCCACUUCCACCGCUCUGGCUCACCCACCGUUCCCACCAAUUGAGAUGACGUUCUUGGACCGCAGACGGCCUCCAGUAGUCAGCUGACCAAACCCCACCCACCAUGUGGCCACAACGUCCCAAAACCAAUCCCUACCAUCCUUUGCUCUAGCUCCCGCCCUCAGUGUGUUGUUUACAUAUCGUUGCGGCUGUUGGACUCACGGGUUAUUGUACAUGUCGACAGGCCAACCGAAGUAAAGUGAGGGAGCCAUCGUUUUGUAGUGAGAGUGUGUGCCGUUUCUAUCAGUAGCAUGUUUACUAUCUGAGCGUUGGUUUCACUUCUUUUAGAUCUGGAUGUUUUAAUAGGAGUGCUUUCAGAGGUGCCGCCUGGUCAUUUUUAAUGGGCCGCUGUAAUAUGUUUUUUUUUUUUUUUUUUUUUUCUUUGCGUUCCACAUAUUGAUAUAUUGUUAUGGAACGCUGAGGCACAAUGAGCAACAUGUCACACACUGUAUCUGCUUUUUACUCAUGUAUCCUUUUAGCACUGCCAUAGGGUUCAGUAAUUAAGGCUUUUUUUUUUUUUUUUUUUUUUUACAUCCAUCCAUGAAUUGAAACUCCUUUUAACUCUCUCUGGUUUGCUGUUGCCACAAGAUGCAUACACUAGGAAGUGUAACUACUUGUCUAAUGGAAAAGUCUUGUCCGCUUCAACGGCCAGCACCUGGGAGCAGCAGGGGGAGGGUCUUCUGUGAGAAUGGAAACAUUAGGUUUCUAGUCUCACUAUCACGCAGUUAGGGGUCCCUGAUGUGAAUUUCCUCUGUUCCGAUUAGUUACAUUUUAUAUUGUGCUGCUCGUGCUUCUUGAUGACUGCCUCAGAGUCUUUUAGGCUCACUUUUAUCCUGUUCCCUCCUUUAACCUGAAUUCCUGCUGUUUGCCAACAUUCCUCUGCCCAGAUUUACACUGUUCACAUGUCCAAAUUACAAGCUGACUUCACAUUUUGUUCAAGGCAUUCACUUCCCCGUUUAGCUUUUUUUAUUUUUGUAAUGGGGAAUGAGCAUCAUCGCCAGUGCUCUCGUUCUGUUUCGUUUCUAUCAUUGUGGUGCCCCCAUAGGAUCAAAGGGAAAAGCUCAAAAGUUGACUCGUAAAGGGACUUUAAUUUUCUUCACCUUUUUAGGAUGUUUAUUUUGUAUCCAUACAUCUUCACUGAGUUAUUUGAUGUAAUCACGUCACACACUCUGUUUUUAUCUUUCUACAAUAUAUUGAUGGUACAUAGAUGUUAAACGUUACUAUGAUGGGACAAGCCUGAUGUACUUUAAAGGAAAUAUCAAAUAAAAUGUUAUUUAGGACAAAUGA